UUAAUAAUGUGUAUUUUGUGAGAAGACAAAGAUGAGAAUAAUGAGAAUGAUACAUCGCAUACUUUUCCAGAAUGAAAAUGACAAAUAAAAGAGGACUAGUUGCUGCAGCUGUUUUAAUAGCGAUGGUAUUCUUCAUCAUUGAUAAAGGAAUUCUAUCAAGAGAAAGGUUUGUUCAGUUAAGCAUCACUGAAUAUGAGAUAUCUUCAUCUAAGGACUGGAAAAAUGGUAUACCUAAAACUAAAGUAAAUAUCACUGCUCAGCUGAGCUUAGAAGAUAAAACAUCUGCAGCUGUACAUGAACCCCCUACUCUACCAGUAGCUUCCAAUAUACCUCAUGUACAUCCUAACCUGCAUCCUGAUAAUCUAACCCUCAUAAAUAUCACCAAUUUUAAAAUCAAUAUCAAUUAUGAUAUUUGCAAUGUAUCACAAAUAGGACUGGUAACAAUUAUACACUCUGCAGUCCCAAACAAACAGGCAAGAAGUGCAAUCAGGAGAAUUAUUAAAUUUCAAAUUAAAAUAGAAACUUAUCCCAAAAUGAAAGUUAAGACUAAAUUAAUUCAUGAAUAUAGGGAGUGCUGUGGAAAAUGAAAGAGUGUGUAAUAGGCUGAUAUCUACUUUAUUACAAUAUCAAUGGGAUGCUAGUUUUACUUUUUCUUUUAGCGUAUAUAAGGAAAGGGUCAAAGAUCUUUUAACCCUUAGACAAUUUCACAGAGUUGCAUUAUUCCACUCAGAUCAUAAAUAAUUUAAUUCUGUUUUAAAUUAAUCAUUCAGAUAUUAAAAUCUAUAAAUUUUGAAUUGUAUUUGAUGCGUUCUUGCAUAAUUCAUAUCACAUAAUAUUUUUAUUUUAAUUUAGAUACUUUAAACAAGGAUUAUUUGGCCACAAGGUGUCUCUGUUUUCCUGAUUUCUUUUGGGAGAGACACAUAGCGGCCAAAAUCGUAGUUAAAAGUAAAUCAUAUAUUAAAAAAAUAGUACUGGGGGACUUGAAAACCAGGAUCGGC